AUGGAUAUUUCUUGUCAAUCUUACAAGAUUCAUCUUGGGAUAAGCUAUCUCGAUUUAAAUCAGCUAGCUCUCUCUAUGGAUUAUUAUUCAAUAUAUUAAUAUAAAACUCCCAGAAAAUUAUUAUAUAAAAUAAUUUACAUUCAAGGAAUUAAGAGACCAGAAUCAAGAAUUAUUCAUUAUUACAGACUCAAAUAUUUACCAUUAUUACAAGAUUAAGAUUUAUACGGCCAUAAGGGGAAUCCCACUAGUCGGCCUACAUUGACUUCAGGUAAGGUGGCCUAUACACCAAAUUACAAAUAGAGGGACAGAGGCCUUGUUUUCAGCGUCAUCAGGAUGGGUCCGACCUACUCCAUAGUCGUACCAAUCUCCAUCAACUUCACAUUUUAUUUUUCCAUUAUCACAAGGAAUGAAUUAAUUCAUCAAACUGCCCAUGCUACAUCAUCCAAUCCGGAGAAAUCCACAAAUCAAGAGAGACAAAAGCAGAGAUUGAAGACUUUUUAUUCCAAAAAAAUUGCACCAAAAAUAGCACUCUUAUUGCCCUUGGCGGAGGAGUUGUAGGAGACAUAGUUGGGUUCUUAGCUUCAACAUAUAUGCGAGGGAUUGAUUUUAUCCAAAUUCCUACAUCCCUUUUAGCCAUGGUUGAUUCUUCAGUCGGUGGCAAAACAGCAGUCGACACGCCUUUUGCUAAAAAUUCAAUUGGCCGCAUUUAUCGUCCCAGAGCGGUUUAUAUAGACAUUGCCUUUUUAAACACCUUGCCACAUGAGAUGUGGGCAGCUGGAUUUAGUGAGAUAAUUAAAAUGAGCAUCCUAAAAGACCAUGAUCUUUACAGUCUACUUAAAUCAGCUACCAUAAAUUCUCUCAAAAAUGACUCCCAGCUAUUACUAAAAGUAAUCAGUACGUCAAUUCAGCAUAAAGUUGACAUUGUAAUUCAAGAUGAAUUAGAUAAGAGCUUAAGACAAGUUUUAAACUUUGGUCAUACAAUUGGACAUGCUAUAGAAGCAGAACUAGAUGGGUUCUGGAAUCAUGGAUUUUGUGUCAGUGUAGGGAUAAUUAAAGAGAUUGAGGCUGCUUUUAUGAUGGGAAAAACUGAAAUUGAGAUUGAUGAAAUUAAAGAAAUUUUAAUAUGGCUGGGAAGUUUUUAUAUAUAUUAAUUGUUAUGCCAGAUUGCUUUGGCAUAGCUUUUCAGAUUAAAAAUAACAGAAAAAAAAUUUAGAUAGGAAAGGAUGCAUUAAAAAUGUAUUGGAGAUAAUAAAACAGUAUGAAUUACCUAUAGAAAUUCCAAAGAUGAAUACAGAUAAACUGCUGAUGAAAAUGAACUUACUUCUUACCUUAAACUAAAGCUAAAAGUUGGUAUCAAUAUAAAGGAUAGAUUUUUUUAAAUAAAAAAAUCUAUUGAAUGUGACAUUUUUGUUUUUUUUUAAUUUCUUGUUAUGAAGAAUUAAAUCAAAAAUUAAUUGAUUCAGUGUGCUAACUAUUUUAUAGCUUUCUACGCCCAAACUCUGUGCUAGAUCAGGCCUUCUAAUUUAUUUGUUUUAUUCAAAAAGGGAAGUUAGAUAAAAAAAAGCUAGGAAAAGAAAUUCCAAUUUUAGUCCCUACAGAAAUCGGAAAAAUUCCUACAGAAGCCCUUAAAUGUGAUGCAAAAUUAAUAAAAUGUAUACUUGAAGAUGACAUAAGGCCUAAAGGAAUUCCUGAUUUUUCAGCUUCACUUGAAGUUUCUGGGUCUAAAUCAAUUACAAACAGAGUCUUAUUGAUUUCUUCAUUAGCAGAGGGAACCACUAUAAUAAAAAAUUCAUUAGAAGCCGACGAUACUAAGGUUAUGAUGAAAUCUUUACAAACUUUAGGCAUAGGUGAUCAUAUAAAAACAGCUGAUGGAUGAAUAAUCACAGGCAAAAUCCCUAACUCCCCCCCCUCCGUGAGCGAACAAAAAAAUUUUGUUCACUCACGGAGGGGGGUUAAUUUUUUUUUUUUUAAAAAAAUUUAUAUAUAAAUUUUACAAAAAAUAUUUUUUCGAAAUUUAAAAAAAUCCUAAUUCGCAAAAAUUGGAAAGCAAAUAUUAAUUUAAUUUAUAAAAUUUAUAUUUUUUAAAAAGCAAUUCGUUUAAAAUUAAAACAGAAUUAGCUCUAGAUUUCAUUAUACUAAUUAUCAUUUAUAUAUCAAAAUCUUUUUUCAUCAAAAAAUUUUUCUAUUAAAAAAAUUUUUGUUCACUCACGGAGGGUGGGUUUUUGGGCAAAAAAUAGCGAUUUUUCUAAUGGUUUUGUUCACUCACAGAGGGGGGGGGAGUAAAAAUAAUCCCCAAGAAAAAGAAAUUUAUAUAGGAAACGCUGGCACUGCAGCCAGAUUUUUGACAGCAGUUUGUUUAUUAUUAGAAAAUGACACUGUUAUUAAAGGCUCUUCUAGGAUGAAUGAGCGGCCUAUUUCUGAUUUAAGCGAAGCUUUAAAUAAUGCUGAAAAUAGAGUAGAGUUUAUAGAAAACCAAAACCAUUUCCCUAUAAGGGUUAAAGGAGGAGGCUUUAAUGGUGGUAUAAUUGAAUUAAAAAGUAAAAUCAGCUCUCAAUUUGUAUCAGCAAUUUUAAUUGCUGCUCCACUGUUUAGAAGUGAGACUACUCUAAUUUUGACUAAUUUAGACGAAAACGAAGAGCCAGUUUCAGCUUCUUAUAUAGAAAUGACUAUUAAAGUGAUGAAUAUUUUUGGAGCACAAGUUGAAAAAAUAAGUAUUACGGCCUAGAUAAAUAUCGUGGGAUUAAGAAGGCUUUUUUCAAUACCCCAAAUCAAUUUUUUUUUAUUUUUUAGAACUCAAGUAUUUUUUUAUUUGCAAAAUAAUCGAAAGAAUUUAUAUAAAGUAUAAUAAUAGAGAGUACAAAAUAUACCCAACUGGGUAUAAAAGUCCAGGGGAAUUCAUCGUCGAGCCUGAUGCCUGCUCACUAUCAUAUUUUAUUGCUUUAUCUGUUCUACAUAAAAAGCCUAUCACAAUUUCACGAAUAAAUUUAAAUUCAGUCCAAGGAGAAUUAGAAUUUUUAAACGUGAUUGAAGCAAUGGGGGCUACGAUAAGGUGCUAUAACAACAGUAUUGUAGUAACUCCUAAUGACCUAAAACCAGUCACUGUGAAUAUGAAUAGAUGCACAGAUUCCUUUAUUACUGCAGCUAUCAUAAUGGCUUGCACAGAAGGAGUCAGUAUAAUUACUGGAAUUGCUAAUCAGAGGGUAAAAGAAUGCAAUAGGAUUAAAGCAGUCAUAGCUGGGCUUCAAAAGGUAGGGGUUUAUUCAGAAGAGCUGGAAGAUGGGAUUAAAAUAUAUGGAAAUUCAGCUGAUUUAUUGUUUGGGAAUUAUGAAAUUGAGACUUAUGAUGACCAUAGAAUUGCCAUGGCUUUUGGGGUGCUGUCAACUGUGAUAAAAGGAGGAAUAGUGAUAAAAAGAAAAAAUGUUGUAAAUAAAACUUUCCCUGAGUUCUGGAAAAUACUAAUUUCAUGUAUUGCUAGGUAUUAAUCAGCCUUUAAGAGGCCGUCCCAAUAGUUUUUAGUAUUAAUAAUUUUUUUUUAAAAUUAAAUUUUUUAUUUUUGAUGUAAGAGAAUGUGGAAUUGAGUAUAAAAGUACACAAAAGAAAAGGAAAAAGCCAAAAAGUCUUGUUUUAAUUGGGAUGAGAGGAAUUGGAAAAUCAUCUAUAGCGUGAAAAUACGCAGAAGAAACUGGAUGGGAAUUCCUUGAUAUUGAUACAAUUAUUGCAAAUGAUUUGAAAGUUGAAAGCCUGAGGGAUAAUUAGGAUUAUUAAAAGCCAGGCACUAAUUAUAUUGGUAACGCAGUCACGAAAGACCUUCUGUACGCUUGCGAUACCGGACUCUGCUUGCUCGAGGAAUUCAGUCGCCUGAAUCCUGUCUCAACAGCAGUCUACUCCCGGGACCUGGGAUUUGAACCGAUAUUCCUGAAUCUUGGCAGGUUAGAAAGACUCCUCUUGCUCCAUGUCGUUUGGAUGCUAUGGAGGCAAAGAUUAGCUCGAUGCUUCCUGUCAGCCAUCUAGAGGGGAGGUGACACAGUGAAAAAAGAACUACACUCUCCGGAAUGGUAGGGAACGACCAAAAACCAUCGGUUAACUAAUAUCUGAACUGGAAUCACCAACAGCUGACUCCCAAGGUUUAACCAUCCCAUGCAGCUGCUCUAGGCAAGCUAAGAAGGCCUAGGCCUUAGUUAAGGUUAUAAAGUGAUUUUGGCGUCAAAAUUGAUGCGCUUUCGUCAAGGGCAUAUUUCGUCGCCACCUUCAUAUUAAUAUUUCUCAGUAGAGGAAGCUCAUGAGUCCUUGGAUCCAAAGGAUGCUUUCGGGCACCUCCAUUUCCAAUCACAGGGAUGCAGUCAAAACUUACCCGGUACACAUCUUCUGAGGCUGCACUUGAUUUCGGCUCGGAGUUCGUCCCCGUUCGCGUGGUCAUAAAGUCUGGACUGCUGCGCCAAGAGGGCAGGCUGACACAAGUCGCCGUUUCAAUAUAUAUCUGAAAGCCUAAGGGACUGGAUUUAUAAUCAUGGAAUUCUAGCAUUCAGAGAGCUAGAAUUUGCCACUUUAAGUAAAAUCAUCAGAAAAGAAAGAGUCAUCAUUUCUACUGGAGGUGGGAUUAUUGAGAAUCCUAAAUCUUUAACCCUUUUAAAAGCUUUUUAUCCUGUUAUAUGAAUGAAAUCAAGCAUCAGCAAUAUCGCUGAAAAUAUAGAAAACGACGAAAAUCUAAAUAGAAUUUCAGGAGAUAUAGAAGAAACUUAUGCAUUUAGGAAACCAUUAUACAAGCAAGUCCAUGACUUUAAAUUCUAUUAUUUUUUUAGGGACAUAGACGAGGUUUUUGGGUCAUUUUUAACAUUCACCAAAAGAAUUUUAGAAGAAAAAGCCCCACUUCCUAAUGAUUUUAGCUACUUUGGCUGCAUAUCAAGCUUUAGCAAUGGUAAGCUUUCUGAAUAUAUCAGAAAUAAUAGCAAUAUAGCAGGCUAUGAGAUACGCAUUGACUGUUUAUCUAGCUUAAAAGAAGCUUUACAGCUAUUAAGCUGCAUCAGAGAAAUAUCAGACUCUCUCCAAAUUAUCCUAACCUUAAGGACAGCCCAGCAAGGUGGAAAAUAUAAUGGAAACGACUAUUGGAAAAUUCUUCAUAAAAUUAUAUCAUGGUCCCCAGACUUUAUUGACGUAGAAUUCGCCCCAACUAUAGAUUGAAAACACAAUUAUAAUGAAUUCCUACAAAAAUGCAUAUCCCCUCGAAUAAUCCUUUCUUAUCAUAGCCAUAAUACAGAAAACUUAAAAGAAAUCCACUAUAUGAUGACCCAAACCAAACCAGACAUCCUCAAAUUCAUCUCCCCAAGCUUUGAAAAACUCCCCUCCCCAGGCUUCCAAAGAACAAUCCAUUUUACAAUGGGAAAAGAAAAUAUCAUCACCAGAGUCCAAAACGCCUCUACCAAUUAUGUAUCAUUAUCCGAAAAACUUGCAGAAGGUCAGCUUACAUUUGAAGAAAUCCAAAAUUUUCAAUUUUCGCUUAAUAUUUCUCCUAGUCUAUUUAAAUUUUACGUAAUUGGAAAUGAUGUAAAAAAAUCGCCAAGCCCUUUUCUAUUUAAUUCGAUUUUUGAAGAAAAAAAAAUUCCUUAUAAUUACUCACUCCCCCCUUUAAAUUGGAACAAAAUAUAGGUAAAAUUUCAGCUUUUUUGGUAAAUUAACCCCCCUUGAAAUUGGAACAAAAUUUAAUUUUAUAAUAAAAAUUAUAUAUAAUUUUUAUCUAAAAAGUUUUGAUAUAAGUUAAAUGUUUCUUCUUAACUAAAAUUAAUUUUUUUUUUUGAAAAAAUUUUUGAAAAAAAUUGUUAUUUUUUUAUUUAAAUAGUUUUGAUAUAAAUUCAAUGCGAAUUCUUUAUAAAAUUUCGAAAUUUACUAAUUUCUUGCUUUAUUUUAAAGAAUAGAGUAGAAAUAACAUCUUAUUUAAACAAAAUUAGCACUUUGAUCGAUAAAUUUUAUAAAAUUUUUUUUUUUUAAAUUUUUUUUUAUCAAUAAAAAUAAUAAUUUUUGUGUAAAUAAUGAUAUCAAUUAAUAGCGGCGUAUUAACUAACAAUGAAAAUUUAGUUAUAUCUUGCUUUGUUUUAAAGGAUAAAGAGUAAAUAGCAUUUUAUUAAACAAAUUUAUUAAUCUAAUUCGAUAAGUUUUUGAAUUUGUUUUUAUAAAAAAUUUUAUAUAUGAUAUUUUUUUAAAAAAAAAAAAUUAACCCCUUAAAUUGGAACAAAAUUUUUUGUUCCAAUUUAAAGGGGUGGGGGGAGUCAGUUAUGGAAACCCAGGCAUUAGAGCCAAUUAUUCAUAUGAUAAAAAGCAGAGAGUGCUUAGGAGGCUCAGUCACUAUUCCAUUUAAAGAAGAAAUAAUGCAGUAUUUAGAUUUUUUGACUGAUGAUGCAAAAGAAUUAGGAGCUGUUAAUACGCUAAUGAAGCAUAAUGGAAAACUGAUAGGGGAUAAUACUGAUUGGCUUGGAAUUUAUUGUCCAAUUGUCGAGCUGGGUAGAAAAUUUGAGAAAGCUGUGAUUUUAGGAGCUGGAGGGACUUGCAAAGCAGCAUUAUAUGCAUUAAGGAAGCUGAAAGUUAGAGAAAUAUGGAUAUGGAAUAGAUCAGAAGCAAGGCUACAAGGCAUAAACUGGCCUAAUAAAACUACAAAUUUAAAUUUGGCAAGUGGCGCUGAGCUAAUCAUAAGUACGCUGCCAGGAAUCGCAGAAGUUGACCUCCCCUGGCUAAAUCCAGCCACAGUUAUUUUAGAAGCUGCCUAUUUUCCUCCAGAAACCUACAUAUCAAGACAAGCUACAAUUGCUGGCUCAUUAAGAAUAAGUGCCCUCACAAUGUUUGUAUAUCAAGCUUAUUAUCAAUAUCAGUAUUUUACAGGCAGAAACGUUGCUUUAUCUAAAAUUAAAAAAUAUACCAAACUUUAA